CACCUGUACCUCCCGGCGCAUGGGCUGGCUAGGGGUCGGCGGGGGCGGGAAGGCGGCGCUGCCCGGCCUGGCGCGCGGUUCUCCCAGGUUUGAAGGCGGGCAGGCGGGGUCCAGGCCGGGGCCGCGGGGCGCGUCCGUGUUGCACCCUGGUCUCUGCGUUACCUGUGCCUGGAGGUGAUUUGAAGGGCAGGGACGGAGAGAUUCGCAGCCCGGCCUCGGCGCUGCCCGGGAGUUCCCCAGCCCAGACCAGACCCACAGGCCGUGCUCCGCAGCGCGUGCAUCCUGCACCGGGCGAGCGGUCCUGGCAGGAGGGCCGGCCCGAGAGGACCCGGUUCGGGCCCCUGCGCCUGGGCUGGCAAGAUGGCCAAGCCCCCAGCAGAGAUGGCGCCCCUGGGACACCGUCGGGGACCGAGGACCAGCUUUCUCCACGGACUCUACCAUUCCCGCUCCUUUGGCCUCACUCCACGACAACCACUUCCCCAUCUCCUCUUCUUCUCUGGUCUCCCCCACCCCUGUGCCCUCCCAGCCUGCGACUUCCCCCGGCUCCCAUACUACCUCUCCCACAGGUCCAGGCCCUCAGCUCACCAUGGGUGGUUCUCCUUCCAGGAAAGGGGGAGAAUGGACCAGGACCUGAGUUGCACACUGGCUGCCUAGAUGGGCUUAGGAGCCUUUUUGAGGGACCUCCCUGCCCCUAUCCUGGGGCUUUGAUACCUUUCAAAGCCCCUGGAACUGCCCACCCUUCCCCUGCCACCCCAUCAGGAGAUCCUAGUAUGGAGGAACACCUCGCUGUCAUGUAUGAGAGACUGAGACAAGAACUUCCCAACCUUUUCCUUUACUCCCACGACUACACUCUCUAUUCCUUGGAUGUGGAAUUCAUCAAUGAGAUCUUGAACAUUCGUACCAAGGGCCGGACAUGGUACAUUCUGUCGCUGACCCUCUGCCGUUUCCUGGCCUGGAACUAUUUUGCACAACUUCGUUUGGAGAUUCUACAGCUGACCCGCCACCCGGAGAACUGGACCCUGCAAGCCCGCUGGCGGCUCGUAGGGCUGCCCAUCCACAUGCUCUUUCUGCGUUUCUAUAGGCGUGACAAGGAUGAGCUUUACCGGACCUAUGAUGCCUAUUCUACCUUCUACCUGAAUUCCAGUGGCCUGAUUUGUCGCCAUCGCCUAGACAAACUGAUGCCUUCACACUCACCUCCAACGCCCGUGAAGAAGCUGCUAGUGGGAGCCCUAGUGGCCUUGGGGUUGUCAGAGCCAGAACCCAACUUACACCUGUGUUCCAAGGCCUAAUCUUUGGCCUUGGAGUGGAGGCAGCACUGAAGACUAUGCUACGCACAAGAGAAGGAGGUGGAGGCGGUCAAGAAUGUCAGGAGCCAGCUUCCUCUCCUCUUCUCUCUCCUUCCUUUCUUUCCAUCUUAUGCUGUGUAAAGCUGCUGUGUAAUUUAACUUGUUGUAAAUAAUAAAGUUUAAGUGAUCAUAUGAGA